GGUCAUACAAGCGUUUCGAAUCAUGGCGUUUUUCAAAAUGCUGUUAGCAGUCUCAAAAAUGAUUUUUGGAUCAUAGAAAAAACAAUUUACAAAUGCAUACACUAAAAACAAUUCAUGCUCCACCCUAUUUUGUUGUGGUCACUUGUUCUAAAGAAAUCUUUUGUGCUUAGUUACGUGAUUUGCCCUUAAAUUAUUAAAAUUAAACCCAUAUUAAGCCUAAUUUGACGAGGAUAAUGCACGUGCACGAUAUGUAAACCGACACGCAUUUAAGUUACCUACUUACGAUUACUUACCAUACGCCAUUAGUGUCAUUAUAUCUAAUAAGGACUAUUCAUAUUUAAAUGGAUGAUGGACGUAUUCUUGAAUCAGAACGAUCAGUGAAAACAAAAGUGUAUGUUUCAUCGGCAUUUUGGGAUACCUUCUACUAUGGUAAUGGAUAUUUGUAACACAUUUGCUGUUAUCUGUUUUGCUCUAUUUGGCUCUAUUGUAUCAGCAGGUGUGAGUGAAUCACCGAAAUACACUACAAAAUAUGAUAAUAUUGACUUGGAUGAGAUAAUUAAAAGUGAAAGAUUGCUUAAAAACUACGUUAAUUGUCUACUGGAUGAUGGUCCUUGUACUCCCGAUGGAAAUGAAUUAAAACAUAACAUGCCAGAUGCCUUAGAAACCAACUGUAGUAAAUGCAGCGAAAAACAAAAAGAAAUGUCCGAUAGAAUGGUAUCGUAUCUCAUUGAAAAUAGACCUGUAUAUUGGAGUCAACUGGAGAAAAAGUACGACCCUUCUGGAGAAUAUACCAAAAAAUAUAAGGAAAAUAAAGCCCAGGAAGUAACAGUUGUUCCAGCAAAUAAAUAAUCUUUACAUGUAGAAAAGACAAAUUUUAUUAUUAUGCGAAUAAAUAAAAUUAUAACAAAA